CGGCGUUCAAAGAUUCAAGCUGAGCACAUGAGAAUUCCAGGUCCGGUUGGUAGUACUAGAAAUUUUGUAGCUCAUGUUCAUAAAUAGUUAGUGCAAAAUCUAAAAGUAAUUCUGAUGUGCUCAAAGUUCCAAAAUUAUUUAGGCAGCACUAACAAUAAGAAAUAUCAAUUGUAUCAGAAAUCUAUUAAAUUGAAACACAAAAGGAUCCGGAUUAAUAUAACAUUACAUUACUCAGAAUCAGACAAUUAACAAUCCACAUUCCUUCCCGAACACUCAAGACUGCAUAAAGAAGGACGGUUCAAAUUUGAAAUUGUCGUCUUGUCAAAAUCACGUCGAUUUGGAUUUUAGUGAAUAGAAGCCUCUAAGCUAAGCUAUAGAUAUACAUAAGAAAUGCCGGUCGGAGAAGGACUGCACAAUGCACUGGAUGUACCACCGGAAUGCUUCGCGGGACCUUCAGGAGCGACCUUUCCCGAAGAUGAGGAGGAGGAGGAGUUUAGUUUUCAAGAAAUGUCGUCAUCUCAAGAUUACGAAGGAGCCAUUAAUUUUCCGAGAUUAUGUAUUCAAACCAGCCCAAAUAUUACGGGUGACUUUGAUGACUUCAUCCAGAUGAAGUGCACUGCAUUAGACCUAAAAGACCGAUUUCUUACUACCGGUUGUAAGAACAUGGAUGGUUUUUUGAAUGGUGGCAUCCUUCGAUCAGGACUAACUGAAUUUGUCGGACCAAGCGCUGUGGGAAAAACACAAAUGGCCCUUCAACUAUCAAUUACUGCUCAACUUCCUGAGAAGCACGGAGGCUUAAAUUCUGGUGUCAUCUACAUCAAUACGGAAGGUCCCUUUCCUUCACAUCGUCUUGCUCAACUCUGUCAACAUUUCAAAACUCAUCAUCCCGAUCUUCCCGACAUUCCAAUGGAUAACAUUUUGAUAAAGAAUAUAGUAGACACGGAAAUGCUGCUAUAUUGCGUAACAACUGAACUACCCUCUGUCCUUAAGGAGGGGAAUGUGGGUCUACUGAUUGUGGACUCUAUUGCUGCAACAUUUCGAUCCGAAUACGAGAAUGACACAAUCUCAAAGGUGAACGACUUGAGGGUGAUUGGACGGAGUCUACAUGAUCUUGCGUUCUACCACAAGCUAGUUUUGGUUUGCGUAAACCAGGUAGGAGCUGCCAUUAACGAAAUGCCAACGGGCACUGUCGAGACGAUGGAUUUUGCACCUUCCUUGGGUUUGGCUUGGCGAACUCUUGUUAAUAACCGCAUUGUGAUGACAAAGCAAGAGGACACCGUACGGCGACUAGAAGUACCGUUCUCAUGCUACAUACCUAUGCGCAGCAUUUCAUUCGAAGUUAGUGCGGAAGGUAUUUUUUCUACAGAUUCUGGUUUCCGUAAUGACAUGUACUAAAAUUUUAUAGUGUGUAAUAUAAGAACACAUGUAAUAUCCAUGUAUGAAAAAUAUAUUACAAAUUAAAUUGUACAGAGUGUUCA